CUCUACGUUAUUUAACAUGAAAAACUGCCACCAUGGCGAGUUCCGAGUGGUACGCAAAAAAUGACGAAAUGAACGCAUCAGCUGUGAUUGAUCUCUCUGAUGCCAAUUACCUUGAGAAGGAUAAUGAAGCCACGCCCUCGUUGGUACAGCAACCACCCGAACUGACCAAUGGUGAAGCUGAUCAGCACGGAGAUAGCCAAUCAGCAAAGCCGUCGGAAGCAACCUUCAUGGAUGCAAUGAAGAGCCAGAUGGCAGAUUCGGUCUGGCAAGCUAGUCGUCAGCAAGCCCGGAAGGCGUUUGACAUUUAUGGCAACAUAGAUAUCCUCCGACCAUACUUUGAUGUUGAACCCAAGGUUGUAGUAGCAAGGCUACUAUUUUCGUUCGUUCCAAGGAAGCUAACUGGGAAUCCACAGAAAGUAGUUGGUGAACUGUAUGGCCCUCUUAUGGUAGUUUUCACACUGAUAGCUGUCUUACUCUAUGGAAUGAAAGACUCCGGACACACUGUGAAAGAAGGGACUUUGAUGGGGUCAUCAGUCGGGAUCUGUUUUGGUUACUGGUUCCUGGCUUCGCUUCUCUUUUAUACUGCUUCCUACAUCUGUAAUACAUUCAUCACUUUCCUGCAAGUCCUCACAUUGACUGGAUACGCUAUGUCAUCAUACUGCAUUGUAUUGUUUCUAGGUACAGCUCUUCACAGUGAUUCCCAUUCAUUAUUCUACUCCAUGUGGGGUGUAUUAGGAGGAUUAUCAGCAGCUAAAAUGGUUAUGGUUUACAUUUCAAGAACGUCAGCUAAAUCUCAGAAGCUAAUUAUAGCAGGAAUCGUCGCCUCCAUCCAUCUGUUAUUCCUCCUUUAUCUCCAUUUCUCUUAUCAUAAGAUAGUUGAAGCAAUCGACCGGAUAUGAUGACUAUCAUUCCUCUGGAAGAAUGCCCUAUUCAGAUGUCAUCGGAAUUUAGCAGGUUUAGUCUUAGAAACCUUUUGCAGCAAGUACCCUAUUUUCCUGUUGUUCACAGGAAUCAGUCGAUGCCAGUUUUCACCACAGUUGGGAAAUUGGUAGUCAAUAGAUUCUGAUCUACAUCGACAAUAACCAUAUCUGCAUAUUCUUCUAAUUGUAAUGAAGAAACUUGAUGACUGAAGGCUACCAAAUUACAUUAUUACUUUGUUUGCAAUAAGGGAAGGUCUUUAAAGUAAAAUGUCAUUUUAUGUUUAUAACCACUGGAGGUGGGGUAAAAUGUUUCUGAAUUAGUCGGUGACACAACAUUUGCUCCUGCGACAAUUCCUCAUCUGAGAUGUAGGGGUAGGGUUGCAAUAAGGUUUUAUGUUGGGGUUAGGGUUAGGUAUAGGGUAGGGUAUAGUGUUGGAGCAUUGUGGCCCAGUGGAUUAGUCUUCUGAUUUUGAAACGGAGGGUUGUGGGUUCGAAUCCCAGCCCUUUAUCAACAUUGUGCUGCACUCGAUCCAGGUGAGGUGAAUAGGUAGCCGGCAGGAUUAAUUCCUUGAAUGCAUGAACGCAGAAAGGCAGCUCAAGCUAAAGCUGGGGUAAUAAUAAUAACAUCGCGCCUCAGAGUUGAAUAUUUCUAGAUAGAUGGCGCUAUAUAAAUGCCUAUUAUUAUUAUUAUUAUUAACCCAGGAUUGAAGUUAGUCAUUCCAUUACUGUGUGUGGAAUUUAGAGAGGAGCAAUUGUCGCCGGAGCAACUGUAACGGAACCCCAAAUUAUAUCAUUUUAGUUAUAUAAAAAAGUAUUUUGAAAUUCAUUUCAUUUAAUCUUUAUAACCACUUGAAGUGGAGCAGCAGUUUUUCUAUGAAUAAGGUUGACUAUUUCUGCCCCUGACAUAUUCCAGGGAGUUACUAUGUAUUAUCUUCAUUUCCUGAAAAAAGAAGAAUAAUGAUAAUAAUUGUACAUCCUUGAUAUCAGUCUCGAAAUUUUCCUGACGUACAUGCGGUAACCUGGAAUUAUAAUUAAACUACUUGUUUAAAUCAAUGAAAAUCCUACAUGUAUAUCUGUAUUCAUUAGAAAAAAAUAUAUAUGAGUCAUGUAUCAUAAAUGUACAUAGCAUCUAGGAUAUGUUCCUAAUAUUCUAAAAAGAAAAAUAAAGCUAAGUUUGUAAAUAAUGUAAAGUAUGUAUCGAAGAAACAGAUGUUAGUUCAUGGUUUAUCAAGCUGUCAACAACCAAAUCAGAGUCAGGAUUAAUUGUAGGUAUUGGAAUUACCAGUACAUGUAUUAAAGGGAUGGUCCGAGCUGAAAAUAUUUAUAUCUAAAUAAAUAGAGUAAAAUUUACAGAGCAAAAUGCUAAAAAUUUCAUCAAAAUCGGAUAACAAAUAACAAAGUUAUUUAAAGAUUUGCAUUUUUCCGGUGAAACGGUUCUAGGCAUGUCUUUAUGAAUAUUCAUUAGGUAGGCUGAUAAUGUCACAUCUCCACUUUCCUUUUUCUAAUGUUAUUACAUGAAAUCAUAAAUGUUUCAUUUUUUUAUACAUGUGUAAAUGAUGUGUCUCCAUUAUGAUGAAAUAAGUUGCAGCAAUAAAUAACUAAUGCACUUAAACAGUUAUCAAUCCAAUUGUUUUAGUUCUUGGUAAUUUAAAAAAAAAAACUAAUUUCCUAUAAUAAAAUACAAAAGAACAAGUGGGGAUAUGACAUCAUCAGCCCACCUAGUGAAUAUUCAUAAAGACAUAUUUCCAGCCUGGACCAUCCCUUUAAAGCAAAAGUGAACUAUUUUAUAGGAAUGAUGAGUGCAAUAGUUUUAUUGACAGUGAAGCGUCAAAAGCACAAGGCCCUGUUAAAAAAAAAAACAACUAUGAUUGAUCUUAUCUCCUAGAAUAUGGAAAGCCACCGACACCAUGUUUAUUGCAAUACUGCAACAAAUAAUAAUUUAGAUUCUAAAUUUGAUUCCGUUCUUAAUUUAAGGACAUAGAUCAUAUACUAAAAAAAAAUUUAAUAUUAUCUUACAUAUCUUGAAGAGUCAGUUCUGAGUAUUUCCAAGUCAUGUCCUGUAUUAAAUCUGUAUAAUGUCCAUAUUGGUUGGCAACGAUUCCUUAGAUUAAAGUCCAUAAUGCAGGUAAAGAUGAAAUUGAUGUUGAAACGCAGUGAAUAAUUACAGUCACUGUAGUGAGUUGAAAUGUUCAUGAAAAUAAAGAUGAUGAUGAUAAACAGUUGAUUUCAGCAAUCCAUGGGUUGAAAAAUGUUCUUUAGAUCAGGUUGAUGAUCUCGAGAACUGAGAAUCCGUUUCUCAAAAUAACCGCAAACAGUUAAUUGAUGGUGUGCAAGUAAUUCCACAGAAGAUAAUGUUGUAUUUCACAUUCUAAGUGAACAAGGCUCUGACAUGAAGACUGGCGUGAAACUGUUUGAGUUCUGAUCUGAUAUGAUGUCCUUGAAGAAACUGCCAGCUUAUAUAUAUAUAUAUAUAUACCGGAAUAUAGAUUUCCACUAUUAUGGAAGCUUCUAGUAUUGUCUUUAAAAACAACAUUCUCCUUCUUUCUAGAGCAGUCCCACUCUAGAAGACUCUAAAAUUACCUCAGUGAAGUGAACAAUGUAAACAACAUAGCUAACCCUUACCGUGUUUACACUUAAUCGGCAUUUGAAUCGGCUCGCGGUUCUGAACCGCGAGCCGAUGCAGCAUCGGCUUUUUCAUAGCGUGUAAACGCGAGUAACUUGAAUCGGCUCGCGGUUCAGAACCGGCAAUUUGCACCACCAAAUUAAAGUAGUAGGUUCUGAACCGCAAUCCGAUGCAGAAUCGGCUUUUUUACUACGUGUAAACAGAAAGCCAAUUCUGCACCGGCAAUUUGUGCGCAUUUCAAUUACUUUACCAUUGUGACGUAAUUGUUAGCGCACUGAUCCAGCGUUGUCUUUAUUAUGACGUAUAUUGUAGGUAUGCGUAUCAUUUCAAGUUUUUGCAUCGGCUCGCGGUUCUGAACCGCGAGCUGUAACAACGUGUAAACGCAAUCCAAAUGCCGAUUCUGCAUCGGCAUUUGGUUCAGAACCAAAUGCCGAUUAAUUGUAAACACGGUACCUAUUGUCCUUUUUCAUUGCUGGCAGCCACUAUUGUAAAUUACGGAAAUACCAGACAUUGCAGUGCCUCAAUAAAUAUGCAAGUACAUAGCAAAGCUCAACUGACAUUCUGGAAUAUUCUUAUCAUGCAAUGAACUUCCUUAGAGAAAAAAACUAAAUCAAUAAAUAAACACAUAAUUUAUCUUACAAUCCUUAUACUAUAUAACAAAAAGUUAUCCAGGAUUUAGUACUGUAGCUAUAUGUAUCCCUUUUUUUCCUCCAACUUAUCAUUUUGAAAUUUUUAUGUUUGACAUUUUAUAUGCAUGUAAACAAUUGGAUAAUGUAUUUGCUAAAUGAAGAAUUUAGAGAUUUAUACUUUCUUUGAUUGGGAUUGCAACACUUUUGUGAAAGCAGAGCAAGCAGUCUAGUUUCAUGUAAGAAUCUACAACUUUAAAGACAAUUCAAAAUACUUUUGGCAUCCCAUAGUUUACGAGAAUAGGGGAAUUGAAUAGCGGAAAUGGAGGGGGGGGGGGGGGUGGGCUUUACUAUUAGGGUUAAACCAAGGUUGUAUACCAGGUUUUCUGACAACACUGUUCUGAAUAUCCACAUUUACGUCUUGUAUUUUUGUUCAUUCUUAUGUGCUAGAAACACAUCAUAUGCAUACAUUAAAAUGUGUUACAUCUAA